UUUUCCUGUCUCCUUCCAGUCUCAGGCUCAGCUCUGCCAUUUCCUUACCAUGUGCAUUUUCAGAUGCACUGCCCAGCAUGCAGCAGUCAACUUCAGCCAGCAUGACUGGUUUUUCUGGGUCCCUAAUGCCCCAUGCACAAUGCGGAUGCCCCCUCCUACCACCAAGGAAGAUGUGACAAUGGCCACAGUGAUGGGCUCACUCCCAGAUGUCCGGCAGAGCUGUCUUCAGAUGCUUUUGAUGAGGCAACUGGGCCGGCAGCAACCAGACAUGGUGCCCCUGGGGUAUCACACAGAAGAAUAUUUCUCAGGCCCUGAGCCCAAGGCUAUUUUAAGACAAUUUCAAGCAGAUCUGGACAACCUGGAAAGGGAGAUAGUGGCCCGGAAUGAGCAGCUAGACAUUCCCUAUGAAUACCUGAAGCCGAGCUGCAUAGAGAACAGUGUUGCUGUCUGAGCCCCAGUAUAAUGGCUUUUCAAAGACCACAGGCCAAUACUAGGGUUAACAUUUUCCUUUUGAGUUUUAUGUUUUCCUGGAUCUGAGUUGCUAUGGUUCUAUUUUCUUUUCUAUCUGAGUUCCCUCCCUGAAUAUAUGACUAGCCUGAGGCAC